CAGCCCGCACCCAGUCCGGGGAGCUUCCAGAGAAGAGGGAUGAGUUUUAUGGCCGAGCCUCGACCCCCGGGGAAGCCCGCGGCGCUACAGACGGUGAGCUCAGCUGGCUGAAGGGACCUGGGAGCCGCGUUCGUUCUCGCUCCAGUCUGUGCCUUACUCUCCCCUUGGCCCGGGCUGCGGGAUGUUCGCUGACACCUUGGCUUUUGGCCACCCCUCUGCUCUCCCUCCUUCCUUCUCUCUCACAUGUACUCUCUGUCAACCCUUCUCUCUCUCCUGCACCUGCAGGCACGUAUUCCCACGCGCCUCGCCCGCACACAAGCACAACUACACGACUAAGCACACUUACUGCCCUGCGCACUUACACACUUACACACUUACACUCACUCGCCUCUUCCAAGCGCACAGGCGCAAGCACUCUGCGCUCCCCUCCUGCUCCUGAAAUCUUUUCUUACUAGCCAGGUCGGAGGAAAGACAACCUAAGGGUGCUGUCCUCUCCGGAAGAAGCAGAUCCUGACUCCCCAACCCCCUCCGGCCUGGUCGAGAGAAAGCCCAGUCAGCCCAAUUUAAUGGCUGUGGCCCUUCAGAAUUCUCCAGGCUCUCUGGCUAGGAAUUCACCAAUCGCUGUAAGGAAGUGACUAAAAGCACUUUGAUGUCACUUGUUGUUGAACUGAAUGUGGGGGGUGAACUGUAUACCACUACCGUGGGCACCCUGAAAAAAUUCCCAGGCUCCAAGCUGGCAGAAAUGUUCAAUAUGUCCAAGCCUCCUCGGCCUGAUUCCCAAGGCAGAAUCUUCAUUGAUCGACCAGGCACCCAUUUUCGGCCCAUCCUAGACUAUCUCCGAAGUGGACAGCUGCCUACACACAGCAUCCCAGAGGUAUAUAGAGAAGCCCAGUUCUAUGAGAUCCAACCCCUGGUCAAGCUCCUAGAGGAGACACCCCAGAUCUUUGGUGAGCAGGUAGCCAGGAAGCAGUUCUUGCUCCGAGUACCAGGAUACAAUGAGAAUCUUGAGCUCAUGAUCCGGAUUGCCAGAGCAGAGGCUGUGGCAGCUCGAUGUUCUGGUGUAGUGGUAUGUGCAGUACGGACUGAGGAGGAUGCCGCUCGCUGCCUUGAUGCCUUACAGACUCUGGAGACAGACAAGAGAUCAGUGGUCAAGUUCGGGCCCUGGAAGGCAUCGCCAGCCAUCACUGACCUGUUGGAUUGUGUCAAAAUGGACAUUGAAGCUCAGGGGUACUGUGUUUCUUACCAGCCCUAUGCAGCUGAGAAGGGAUUCCGAAUCAAGUCCUCUGAUUACUUUUAUAAAUUCACUUUCACCUGGUGGUGACCCCUCAGUGGUCUAAGGAUUGAUACUUUUGGCUAGAGAUGGGUGCUUAUAGAAAAAGAAAGCGUUAAAACAUUUAAGUGAAAUAAAUUAAGAAAGUAAAAACUA